AUGGGGAUGAAGGUUGUGAUGUGUGCAAAAGAGUAUUGGAAGACCCAAUUAACUACCAUUACUGUUCUAUUGCCUGCAAGGUGCAGGCAUUCUCAAGCAAGUCGGACAGCUCGGAACUGCCUUCUCUUACUGUCGGGGCGGAGAAGGAGAGAAGAGGUGAAAGCAGGCACCAGCAGGAAAAGGAAAGGAGUGCCUCACAGGGCACCACUACAGUUGAUUGUUGGACUCUAUGCCUUAGUGUUAUGA